AUGUCCAAUGUUCCAGCUUAUGUUUCGAGAUCUGGUUACAAAAUUCCAGCAAUCGCUUUAGGUGUCUAUAAAACCCCUGUUAAUGAAGCACCUAAACUUGUCCAUUCUGCUUUGAAUAUAGGAUACAGACACAUUGAUUGUGCCCAAUUCUACAAUAACGAGAAAGAGGUUCUCCAAGGUGUUGCUGAAUGGAUCAAUGAAAAUCCAAAAACAAACAAAAGAAGUGAUGUUUUCUAUACUACAAAGAUCUUUGAUCAAAAUCAUGGUUACGAAUUAACUAAAGCUGCCAUUCAACAAAGUCUUGAUAACAUUAAAGGUAUCUCUGAUUAUUUAGAUCUAGUUCUUAUUCACUCUCCUCAAAGUAACAAGGAGAAAAGACUUGGAAGUUAUAAAGCCUUGCAAGAAUUUGCAGAAGCAGGUUUUAUACAUUCAAUUGGUGUUUCAAACUAUGGUAUACAUCAUUUAGAGGAGUUAUAUGCUUGGGAGGGUUUAAAGAUAGAGCCUGCAGUUAAUCAAGUUGAAUUGCACCCUUGGUUGAUGAGAAAUGAGCUUGUCAAGUAUUGCAGAAACAAAGGCAUCUUGUUAGAAGCUUAUUCUCCAUUGGUUAGAGGCCAAAAAUUCGAUAAGGAUGAGAAUGUGAUGAGCUUAAGUAAAAAGUACAACAAGUCUCAAGCCCAGAUAAUGAUUAGAUGGUCAAUUCAACAAGGUUUUGUAACAUUGCCAAAGACAAGUAAUCCAGGAAGACUGGCCUCAAAUUUUGAUGUUUUCAAUUUCGAUAAUCCUGAAAGGCUUGUUAGUAACUUUGAUGUUUGGGAUUUUGAAAUCAAGGAUGAAGAUAUGGAAAUUUUAAACAUGCCAAAUAGUUAUUUUGUCACUGGAUGGGAUCCUACAACAUUUCAUGAUUGA